AAGCUAAUUCAUACCUUAACUUUUGUAUACAGUCUACCAAAUGAGCCCAAUAUGUAUUGGGGUGGUGCCAUAGCAAGAAAUUUUAGGGAUUGCUAAAAUAAGUGUUUUUGGAAACUUGAACACCACCACUUAAUUGACAAACUAUUUUUUAAUUGCUUCUCCCCCGAGUAAAAGCCCAAAAAUGAAAAAGUAAAAAGCCGCAGCUAAUUUUGAUAAGCAGCAACGGCGAACCAUGAAGGGCGAUGGGGUUGUAAGAUAUGAAAGAAACCCGGCGGAGGAGAAUGAGUACGAGUAUGAGUAUGAGUAUGAGGAGGAAGAGAGAAUUGUAGAAGAGCUAGGAAUGUACAAAGGGAAAGUGAGAUUAGUGAACAGUGAGGAGCCAACAGAGGAGACAAUGCUACUUUGGGGUAUUCAACAGCCCACCUUUUCAAAGCCCAACGCCUUCGCUCGCCAGACUUCUCUCCAACUCCGUGUAGAUGCGUGUGGGCGGUCUCUCUCCAUUCUACAGUCUCCUUCUAACCUGGGCACUCCUGGAGUAACUGGUUCUGUAAUGUGGGAUAGUGGAGUGGUCCUUGGGAAAUUCCUGGAGCACUCUGUAGAAUCAGGAAGAAUUCAUCUUCAAGGCAAGAAGGUUGUUGAAUUGGGCUCUGGCUGUGGAUUAGUUGGCUGUGUUGCAGCUCUUUUGGGUGCUCAAGCUAUUCUCACUGACCUCCCAGAUAGACUGAGGCUACUGAAGAAGAACGUAGAAGCUAAUUUUUAUGGAGAUGUAAGAGGCUCUGCAACAGUAAAUGAGCUCACAUGGGGAGAUGAGUUGGAUAAUGACAUGAGGAACCCUUUGCCAGAUUAUGUUCUUGGCUCAGACGUGAUAUAUAGUGAGGGAGCCGUCAUGGAUUUAUUAGCAACACUUCUGGACCUCUCUGGUACUCAGACAACAGUUAUUUUAGCUGGAGAACUUCGGAAUGAUGCUAUCCUUGAGUACUUCUUACAAGCUGCUGCUGAGGAUUUCACUAUUGGCCGUGUAGAUCAAAAACAAUGGCAUCCAGAUUGUUGCAGUCCUCGAGUGGUAAUAUAUGUUUUGGUGAAGAAGCAAAGAAAUUUGUAAGGUCGUGCUCAUAACACUGUAGACUCACUCUCAUAAUGAUACCAACUGCGCUUCACACAUCAUUUGCUCAGUUUUUUUUCUUUCUGGUUAAUCCAUUGUACCAUUGCAUGGAUAAACCAAUGUCCUAAACGUUUUUCCUCAUUGUUGUUGAUAUAAAAGUGAUUUCUAUCUUGUA